UCCGGAAGCUGUUUGUCAUGUGAUUUGUUUGUUGCCGCAUCAUUUCAUUACUGCAACAAACAGACUGUUGUCUCGAGUAUUUCCCCCUUUCUCCCGCUGUCCUCCAGCUCUCUCCUUUCUCCGACAUGGACGAAACGAGCCCGCUGGUGUCUCCUCUCCGCGAAUCCAACGAUUUCAGCUACGGACCCGCUGAGCCGACCAGUCCCCGGGGUGGAUUUGGAGGCACGCCGGGCUCCGUGGUGCGUCUGCCGGCGGGGAGUCCCGGGCGCAGCCGGGAGCGGCAGCCGCUGCUGGACCGAGAUCGAGGUGCGUCUCCCCGGGAUCCACACAGGAACGAGUUCCCGGAGGACCCGGAGUUCAGGGAGAUCAUCCGGAAGGCGGAGCAGGCCAUCGAGGAGGGCAUCUACCCGGAGCGCAUCUAUCAGGGAUCCAGCGGCAGCUACUUCGUGAAAGAUUCAACGGGGAAGAUCAUCGGGGUCUUUAAACCAAAGAACGAGGAACCGUACGGACAGCUGAACCCAAAGUGGACCAAAUGGCUGCAGAAGCUCUGCUGUCCGUGCUGUUUCGGCAGGGACUGUCUGGUUCUGAAUCAGGGUUACCUGUCAGAGGCUGGGGCCAGUUUAGUGGACCAGAAACUAGAACUCAACAUCGUACCACGUACCAAAGUCGUGCAUUUAGCAAGUGAGACGUUUAAUUACAGCGCUAUUGAUCGUGUAAAGUCCAGAGGGAAGAGGUUAGCUCUAGAAAAGGUGCCCAAAGUGGGCCAGCGCUUUCACCGGAUUGGCUUGCCACCUAAGAUCGGCUCAUUCCAGCUCUUUGUAGACGGAUAUAAAGAUGCAGAUUUCUGGCUGCGGCGGUUUGAAGCAGAGCCUUUACCCGAAAACACCAAUCGCCAACUCCAGCUGCAGUUCGAGAGACUGGUGGUGUUGGAUUACAUCAUCAGAAACACAGAUCGAGGAAAUGACAACUGGCUUCUAAAAUAUGACUAUCCGAUGGAUACGCCAAGCAACAGGGACUCUGACUGGGUAGUAGUGAAGGACCCCAUCAUUAAACUGGCAGCCAUUGAUAACGGAUUAGCAUUCCCUCUUAAACACCCAGACUCAUGGAGAGCCUACCCUUUUUAUUGGGCGUGGCUGCCACAGGCUAAAGUGCUGUUCUCUCAAGAGAUCCGAGAUUUAGUUCUGCCCAAAUUAUCUGACCCGAACUUCGUCAAAGACCUCGAAGAAGAUCUGUAUGAGCUUUUUAAGAAAGACCCGGGUUUCGACAGAGGACAGUUUAAAAAACAGAUAUCAGUAAUGAGGGGGCAGAUCCUGAAUCUCAGUCAGGCGCUGAAGGAUGAAAAAUCCCCGUUGCAGCUGGUGCAAAUGGCACCGGUUAUCGUGGAGACGGCCCGGGCGCCGCAGCGUGCCAACAGCGAAUCUUACACGCAAAGCUUCCAAAGCAGAAGGCCGUUCUUCACCUGGUGGUGACGGGAGCUUUUAUGAGAGUGUGCGUGUGCAUGUACGGUCUGAUUUUAAACUCAUUCCCUUGUUUUGUUUUUAGUUUAUCGGCAUCAGGACACCAAUUCUGAGAACAACGGAGUAGGAAGGGGUGGAUGAAUGAAUGACAAGAAGCAACAAAGCAGAAAUGAAUCAAAUGAGAAAAUGAUGUAAUGGAAUCAUUAUUGGAAAACAGUGUUUUUUAAAACUCUGAAAGAAAGCAUUGCCUUGUAAAAAACACUGUAUGGACACACACAAACUACAUUCACAGCGACUUGCAUGAGAGACUUUCUUCUGCAGUAAAACCUCUAUGCUUGUCUGCUUUAGCGCCCUCGCCAGCAGUCUGGAAGAAGAACGACAAGGCACCGGAUGCUGUUCACAUUUAAUCACGGAUGAACUAUAAUUCACUAUUUCCUUGUUUUAGGGUUUUCUUGCCUCGCUUUUUGUUAAUUAUUUCUCACAUCAAAGACAUUUUAGUCAGAAUAUCACACAUAUUGUAUCUGCCAUAUGAUUGUUUUUUUUAAUUAUAAUAUUUUUCUACUUUUUAUCUUUACACGCACGUCUGACAUUCAUAACCCAGUGCGUAAUGUGCGGAAACACUGGAACGUUCCAAUCUCACAGUGACAUUCUUUUUGUUUGAUUUUGAAAAUCAAAAUAUAUUGCAAUUUUUUUUUUUUUUUUUUUACCGGUGUCAACAAAACUGACCUUAAAACAUGAAAAUGGACUGUAUAAUUUGUAUGUAAUGUAUUUAAUGAAAGAUGUUAAGACUAUAACAGUGCAGUACUCAAUAAAAGAACAGACUUGAGUUUUA